AUGACCAAGCCUGUUGAAGUCUCUGCCGUUUUCGAUACCAUCUUGGUGCUCGACUUUGGUUCCCAGUACUCGCAUCUCAUCACGCGUCGUCUUCGUGAAUUCAACGUCUACGCUGAGAUGCUUCCUUGCACUCAGAAGAUUUCUGAGCUGACCUGGAAGCCCAAGGGUAUCAUCCUUUCUGGUGGCCCCUACUCUGUGUACGACAAGGAUGCUCCUCACGUUGACCAGGAGAUUUUCAACCUCAAUGUCCCUAUUCUCGGCAUUUGCUACGGCAUGCAAGAGCUUGCCUGGAUCAAUGGCAAGGGUGUUCAUGCUUCUGAGCACCGUGAAUACGGCCAUGCCACUAUCCACGUUGAGGAUUCCUCUUCUCCUCUUUUUGCCGACAUUGACAAUUUUGAGGUCUGGAUGUCUCACGGUGACAAGCUCUCUGCUCUGCCCACUGGCUACAAGGUCAUUGCUACCACCACCAACUCUCCCUUUGCUGCUGUUGCCCACGAGAAGGACCAGAUUUACGGCAUUCAAUUCCACCCUGAAGUUACACACACCUCCAAGGGUACCCAACUGCUGAAAAACUUUGCUGUUGGCAUUUGCAAGGCCGAACAGAAGUGGUCCAUGGAGAACUUCAUUGGUACCGAGAUUGAGCGUAUCAAGGCUCUUGUUGGACCCACUGCUGAGGUGAUUGGCGCUGUUUCUGGUGGUGUUGACUCCACUGUUGCUUCUGCUAUUAUGAAGCAAGCUAUUGGUGACAGAUACCAUGCCAUUUACGUUGACAAUGGUUUGAUGAGAUUAUACGAGACCGAGGGUGUCAAGAAGACCUUGGACGCUGGCCUGGGCAUCAACUUGACUGUUGUUGAUGCUGGCAAGCUUUUCCUUUCUAAGCUCAAGGGUGUCACUGACCCAGAGAAGAAGCGCAAGAUCAUUGGCAAUACCUUUAUUGAAGUUUUCGAAGAUGAGGCUGCCAAGAUCACCCCCAAGAGUGGUGAUGAGAUUGAGUUCCUUUUGCAGGGUACUCUUUACCCUGAUGUUAUUGAGUCCAUCUCUUUCAAGGGUCCUUCUCAGACUAUCAAGACUCACCACAAUGUCGGUGGAUUAUUGGAGAACAUGAAGCUCAAGCUUAUUGAGCCUCUCCGUGAGCUGUUUAAGGAUGAAGUCCGUCGUCUUGGUGAGAUUUUGGGAGUCCCCCACGACCUUGUCUGGCGCCACCCCUUCCCUGGCCCCGGUCUUGCCAUUCGUGUUUUGGGUGAGAUUACUGAGUCUCAACUUGACAUUGCCCGCAAAGCCGACCACAUUUUCAUUGAGGAGAUUCGUAAGGCUGGCAUUUACGAGGAGAUUUCUCAGGCUUUUGCUUGUCUGCUCCCUGUCCGCUCUGUUGGUGUUAUGGGUGACAAGAGAACUUACGAGCAAGUCAUUGCUCUUAGAGCCAUUGAGACAACUGACUUUAUGACUGCUGACUGGUACGUUUUUGACGCCAAGUUCCUUAAGAACGUUUCUAAGAGAAUUGUCAACGAGGUCCAGGGUGUUGCUCGUGUCACUUAUGACAUCACCUCCAAGCCUCCUGCCACUGUUGAAUGGGAGUAA